UAUACAGGCUCUUGUGAAGCCAAGUUAAUGUCUGUGAAGAUGGGAAAAUUUACUAGCAACAUAUACCAAGAUCCCAAACCAUAUGAUUACAGACAGUAUGAACAAGGAAUACCAGAUUUUGUGACAAGUUAUGACAGGGAUCCUUUAAAUCUAAAGUUCAAAUCACAAUGUUUAAGCAAAAUUUAUGGACUGCAUCUUCUGAAAGAUGAAAAAAAAAAGUCCAGCUCAAAGGAAAGAUUCAUCACCCACAAGCCUCAAGAACUGAAGUGGGAUUCAAAGCUAUUUCUACCCAAGGAGCCCUGGCCUACAAAAACUGGUUCCUUUACGGUGUUUUGA